AUGAAGUCUUCAACGUCCUACCUAGUCCUUUUUGUCAAUCUUUUUGUCCAAUCUGCCACAGCAUCAUGUGGUCAUGGAACAAGUUUGCAUAAACGAACAGUUACCACCAAUGGUCUUGUCAAGAGGGUUGAAGUUGGGAAAUUUGGAUAUAUUGGCACCCAAGGACCAGCAAACUGGCAAAAUCUCGCACCGGAGAACGUUCAGUGUGCAAACGGCAGCAAUCAAUCUCCGAUCAAUAUUACACCUGAGAGCAGUACGUUGGUAGAGCCUGGUUCGCUCACCAUCAAUAUUCCAGCAGUUGAAGCAGCCGAGUUUGAGAAUCUUGGGACGACGAUUGAGGUUUUGAUGGAGGGGAAGAACGCCAGUUCUGUUAUCGGUGGCAAGAGUUUCAGCUUGAAGCAAUUCCAUUUCCACUCACCUAGUGAGCAUACUAUCGCUGGGGAACACUUCCCUCUGGAAAUGCACAUGGUUCAUGAAGCCGAAGACAAGUCCAUAGCCGUGUUAACUGUCCUCUUCCAACUCUGUGAGGCCAACGGCGGCAACCCGGUCAUAAAUGCCCUCCUCCCUUCCAUUGAAGCCAUCAGAGCCCCCGGCUCUGUCACCGAAACCGGUCCCAUCGACUUCGCCCCUCUCAUAACAGCAUUGAAUGCUCAACCCAUGCGCAUGUAUCAAGGCUCCUUGACUACGCCACCUUGCACCGAAGGUCCCAGCUUCGUCAUCACGACACAAACCUUGCCACUGGAUAUCAAGGCGUACAACAUGUUUAAGAGUGUUGUGGGAUUCAACUCAAGGUUUCUGCAGACGUCGAUAGGUGAACCAAACGUGUUGGCUGCUAAGUAA